AUGGCGACGGUGAAAUUAAAGGAGCUUGCCCAGACGGCCGGCACGUGGCUUCUCGGCCUUCGGCCGUCAUUCUUGUCACCGAAUCCGCACUUCAACUUCAUUACGGUGCAUUAUUUCAUCAUCAUCGGUCUGACCAUUGUUGCCUCCGUCCUAAUAUUCGGCUCGGGAAGAGGGAACGUAGCAUACAUUGAUGCUCUGUUCUUUGCUAGCGGCGCCAACACUCAGGCUGGUCUCAAUACCAUAGAUGUCAACCUACUCAACACAUUCCAACAAGCGGUUCUCUUCUUCUGCUGUAUGGUCACCAAUCCUAUAUCUAUCAAUUCGGGCGUCGUAUUCCUUCGCUUGUAUUGGUUCGAGAAGAGGUUCCAGGGACUCGUAAAGGAUGCCAGGUCCAGGCGAACAACAAUAACCAAAUCCCGCUCAAAAGCUAAAGCGAAUACUGCGGAUCUUGAAAGGGGUGUUGCUGGCAGGAACAUCAAGGUCAUGCACAAUACAGCAAAGGCAUCAAGGAUAACGAAUGACGGCCUCCUUUUGGACGAGUACGAUUUGAAAACCGCACAGCAGCAGCAUCAUCCAGGCCUAGAGCAUAUCAACUCAGGCGAUCCGCCAGGCUCUCCUCGAGACGCCACCAUCAAAUUCUCAGACAAGGUCAGGAGGAGUGAUGCACUGGGCGAUGAGGAGGAGGACGCUGAUGGAACGAUGCGUCCAAGUAAGAGGACUGAGGCUGAGCACAUUGCUAUCCUGGAGAGACAACGAAAUGAGGACCAUGGCACGUUGCGGAUUCCCGGGCCUCGCGACGCCGAAAGAGGUGUGCUUCCCGAGGAGUUGGGCGCUGGCCAGUACGACGAUGAAUUUAUCAGCCCCAUUGAGCAAGUGCCAACUACCCGCAAUCAGCGCAACUCAUCAGAGCCAACGCGAGUUUCUUCACAUCCCGAAGGCGGAAAGACUAUCACCAUUGCCGAGCCUCAGCAUCCUAACAAGCGUAGCGAGAUAGCGGAUGACUUCGAGGCAGCGACUAAGACCAUGUCUGCCCUCAAAUUCCGCAAGCCUCGAGGCAGUGGAGAAAAGAUGCACCAUACAAACACCAACGAAGAGUCUCACAAUCCGCUGAGGCGCAUCAGGACUGCGUUAUCCCAUAACAAGCACACAGACCCCAUGCCGUAUCUGAGUUGGCAGCCAACUCUUGGCCGCAAUUCCGAGUUUUUGGAUCUGACUGAGGAGCAGAGAGAGGAGCUUGGUGGCAUAGAAUACCGGUCAUUAAAGACGCUCGCCGUGGUCACGACGUGUUAUUUCUUUGGUUUCUGGAUAUUCGGCGUCAUCUGCCUUCUGCCGUGGAUUCUGGUCAACAAUGAGACUUAUGGCUCGGUUGUCGACGCCGCUAGCCAAAACCGCACCUGGUGGGCGUUCUUCACAUCGAAUUCGGCAUUCAUGGAUCUUGGCUUCACCUUGACAUCCGACAGCAUGAAUUCGUUCAAUACGGCAAUCUUCCCGCUCCUGGUCAUGUCGUUUCUGAUCAUCAUUGGAAAUACUGGCUUUCCUAUUAUGCUGCGAUUUUGCAUCUGGUUCACUUCCCUUUUUGUACCUCACGGCUCAGGCUUGUGGGAAGAACUUCGCUUCUUGCUUGACCACCCUCGACGCUGCUUUACCUUACUAUUCCCAUCCACGGCUACCUGGUGGCUGUUCCUCAUCCUCGUUGUCCUCAACGGAGUCGACCUGAUAUUCUUCAUCAUCCUCGACCUAGGAACCGGUGCUGUUGCUGAUCUGCCUCUCAACAUUCGAUUCUUGGAUGGAUGGUUCCAGGCUGCAUCGACGAGAACUGCUGGAUUCUCCGUGAUCAACCUUUCCGAGAUUCACCCCGCAGUUCAGACUUCGUAUCUGAUCAUGAUGUACAUCUCGGUUUUCCCCAUUGCCAUUUCAGUUCGUCGCACCAACGUCUACGAGGAAAAAUCACUCGGCCUGUACGGGUCUGCACAGGACGCCGAGGACAGUAAGGAGUCUGGAUUUUCCUACGUGGGUGCGCAUUUGCGCCGACAACUGUCGUUCGAUCUUUGGUAUAUUUUCAUUGGUUACUUUAUCCUGACCAUUUCCGAGGGGCCUCGACUCAUGGCUGGCGACUUCUCCAUGUUUGCAGUACUUUUCGAGAUUGUCAGCGCUUAUGGCACUGUUGGACUGAGUCUAGGGUAUACGGGAAUCAACGCAUCGCUUUGCUCGCAAUUCUCCGUCGUAGGGAAGCUCGUUGUUAUUGCGAUGAUGGUCCGUGGGCGACAUCGUGGUUUACCCUAUGGUCUCGAUCGAGCCAUUCUGCUGCCUAGUGAGUCUCUCAAUCGCAAGGAGGCAGAGGCAGCCGAGGCACGACUGCAGCGAAGACAGUCAGCCGUCUCGCUUGCUCGUCCGGCAAGUCUAUCUCGAGGACGCAGCAGAAGUGUCGACAACAGAAGAGAACGCAACGUGAUAGCCUCCUUUCUACAUCCUGGCCCAACACAGCCACUAUACUCACUCUCUGUGUCCAAGGCGGACACAGUUGACGACAACCACUUUUUUUUGAAACCCCCUGAGGAUCUUAGACGGACCCUCUCGGAACCCGGAAGUGGAGAAGAUGAUUCAGAUCGAUCUGGGCAGAAGCCAAGGAGAAGGGAGACACAGCCACCAUUGGGGCAUUAG